AUUUCGGCCGCUCUGAGCAACCGCCAGAGCGACCCACUGCCUGAGGCUGUCAACUUCACCCUGAAACACAAGCAGGAGCCUGAAGCGGGAGAGACAUUAGUCUGUGUUUACUGGAACCAUUCAGCGAAUGGGAGUCACUGGUCACCCCGAGGCUGUGAGUUGACACAUUGCAAUCAAACCCACACCAGCUGUAAAUGCCAGCACCUGUCCAGCUUUUCUUUGUUGAUGGCCUUCAACCGGGAGUUGCAGGAUUCUUCAUCAGACAAGGCUCAGCGCGUUAUUACCUACGUGGGGAUCACCGUUUCCCUCGUGUGCUUGGGCACCACCAUCAUUACUUUCCUUGUCUCCUCCAAGGUGAAGAAUGUGAUAACAGCCACCCACACCCAGCUGUGUGUCAGCCUGUUCCUGGCAGAGCUGCUCUUUCUCACAGGGAUCAACAGCACCAGCAACAGGGUGCUGUGUGGGAUCAUCGCUGGUUGUCUCCAUUACCUGUUCCUGGCGGCAUUCGCUUGGAUGUCUUUGGAAUCAGUGCAGCUUUACCUGAUGGUCCGAAACCUGAAGAAGAUGAGGUUGGCUGGUACUCACCGCCCCGGAGGGCUGCUGUACACACUGGGGUAUGUGCCACCCGCAGUCCUGGUGGUUAUAUGUGCCGCAGUGUACCCCCGUGGCUAUGGAUCACACAGCAACUGCUGGUUACAGGUAGAGAAGGGCUUUGUGUGGACGUUCCUUGGGCCAAUCUAUUUGAUGAUUCUGGUCAACACAGGUCUGUUCAUGGCCACACUUGUCACCUUGAAAGACGUGCUUUCCCAUCGUGAUGUUGAAGUCUCAAAGAUCAAAGACACGAGGAUGCUGGCGUUUAAAGCCGUGGGGCAGGUGUUUGUCCUGGGCUGUACCUGGAUCCUGGGAGCGUUUCACUUCCGGAAGGAAACGGUGGUCAUGGCUUAUUUAUUCACCAUCGUCAACAGCUUCCAGGGCGUCUUUAUCUUCAUCCUCCUGUGUCUGCUAAAUCGCAAGGUGAGGGCUGAAUAUCGUGGGUGGUUCACUGCCGUGCGGAAGAUGAGGUUCAAGUCAGAACCUGCCGGCAUCCCCUUGACACUCACUUCGGUAAGUGGUACCUCCACAGGACUGACACAUACACAAACCCAGGACCAGAGCUGAGCCUUUCUGGACAGCAAUAUCAAUGGAUGAACCCUGAUUGGAUGAGGAGCUGGAGGUGCAGUGACUACACACAAUGAUCUACUGUCAGACCGUGUGAGGGGACCACAUUGUAGAUAAGCUCCGUCACCCUCUACAGCAUCUGGCCUGACUGGCCUCGACCAUCCAGGGAAUCAAGCCUGGACUAUCCUGCUCAGCGUAUGUCACCCCCACCCCACCCCACACCCCACCCCACACACUUGCACAUUAACCCAGCACUUGUCACGUGAGAACAAACACGAAGGGGAGUGGAAAUCUGGAGCUCUUUCCCUCUCUCAAAGGGUUUCAAAUUCUGGAUUAAAAUUUUGAAGACUGAGGUGGACAGAUGUUCUGUUUGGAUCAGUGUAUCGAGGCAUAUGGGGCAAAGGGGGUUGGAGUUGGGGUACAGAUCAGCCACGGUCUAAUAGUACGGCAGAAUAGGCUCAAGGGGCUGAAUGGCCCACUCCUGUUCCCAUGUUCCUCAACGCCGAAUGAAGCGCUUAUGCAUAAUGUAAUUGAUUAGAAAUGUGGUUAUCGUUGUUAUAGAGGCAGAAUGUUGCAGCUGAUCUAAUGCGCAAUACAUUUUAUACUUCCACAACGCCUUUCGUGUCAGGAGGACAUCACAAAGU